AAACAGACAUUCAGAUCAAAUAAAAAAGGCAACAUGAAAAAAUCUGAGAAGCCACAUGCAGAGGACAAAAUCUGCUGCAUUUCCAAACUGAAGGUAUUUCUGCUGACACUGUCACUUGCAUUUGUUGGUAAAACGAUGUCUGGUGCUUAUAUGAACAGUAUGUACACGCAGAUAGAGAAACAGUUUAAUAUUCCAGCUGCUUUAGUGGGGAUCAUUAAUGGAAGCUUUGAAAUUGGCAACUUGCUGCUGAUAGCAUUUGUAAGUUACUUUGGAGCAAAGCUUCACAGACCCAGAAUAAUUGCUUUGGGCUGCACAGUUUUUUCAUUUGGAUGUCUUUUGAUAUCACUUCCCCAUUUCCUAUUUGGAAAGUAUCAUAUUGAAAGCAGCAUCUCACAAGGGGAGAAUUUUUCAGUCAUGCCUCUGUGCCUGGUUAAUCAAAGCUCAUUCUCUUUACCUACAGAGGAUCCAUCAAUAGAAUGUGAAAAAGAGCCUGGGUCCUUGCUGUGGAUAUUUGUGAUGGUUGGAAACAUAGUACGAGGAAUGGGUGAAACUCCCAUCAUGUCUUUAGGCAUUUCAUAUGUGGAAGAUUUUGCCAAAGCAGAGAAUUCACCAUUCUAUCUAGGAUGUCUACAUACAGCAACUAUAAUUGGGCCCUUCCUUGGUUCCUUGUUGGCCUCAUUCUGUGCAAAUAUGUUUGUUGAUGUGGGAUCAGUAGAUGCAGAGGACAUAACUAUAACUGCUACUGAUGCUCGCUGGGUUGGAGCAUGGUGGCUGGGCAUUUUGAUUUGUGCAUUGCUGAAUUUUCUUGUGGCAAUACCUUUCUGGUUUUUGCCUAAAUCACUGGUGAAGGAAGGAGAAAUCAUUGAAUCUGAAGAGAUGGGUGAAAAAAGUGCAGUACCGUUGCAAGACAAUGAUAAAAAUGAAGCGAAACAGAACAUGUAUGAAAUUGCGAAAGAUUUCAUCCCCUUCCUCAAGGCUCUGUUUCACAACCGAGUUUAUAUGUUAUUUAUAUGUAUAACUGUGUUACAGUUCAGUGCUUUUAUUGGCAUGAUAACCUUCAUGCCCAAAUAUCUGGAACAACAGUUUGGAACAUCUGCAUCAAAUGCCAUCUUUUUGAUAGGUGUUUACAGCUUACCAGUUAUAUGCGUUGGGUAUUUUUUUGGAGGCUUAUUCAUGAAGAAAUUCAAGAUAAAUAUCUAUCAGGCUGCAAACAUAGCAUUUUGGCUAUCUUUACUGGAAUAUCUUCUCUACUUUACUGCCUACUGGACUGUCUGUGAUACUUCACCAGUUGCUGGCCUAACAAUUUCCUAUGAAGGAAUACAGCAAACUUCAUAUGAAGAAAGUACUCUGCUUGCUGACUGCAACAGGGAUUGUGAUUGCCCAGUUAAAAUAUGGGACCCUGUUUGUGGGAACAAUGGAAUUACUUACGUGUCACCCUGUCUUGCUGGGUGUAAAGCCUCAAGAGGAACUGGAAAAAGUGUGGUAUUUGAAAACUGCAAUUGUGUUGCAGCCUCAGGGUUUUCAUCUCAAAAUGUCUCUGCGGUUCUGGGCCAGUGUGCUGGAGAAGAAUACUGUGAGAAGAUGCUUCAUUACUUUUUAAUAUUGUCAUUAGUCUGCAGCUUCAUUUAUUCCUUAGCAGCUAUGCCUGGAUACAUGGUCCUAAUAAGGUCUCUUAAACCUGAAGAAAAGUCAUUUGGAGUGGGUAUCCAUGGACUAGCUUCAAGAGUAUUUGCUGGAAUUCCAUCUCCCAUUUAUUUUGGAGCUUUGAUAGAUACCACUUGUUUGAAGUGGGGCACUAUGACUUGUGCUGGAGAAGGAGCAUGCAGGUUGUACGACAUUGUCACAUACAGGUGGCUCUAUUUUGGCCUGCCAGCAGUAUUACGUGGAGUGUCCUAUAUCCCAAGUGCACUAAUUCUCAUUACUUUAAAGAAGAAACUUAAAUCUGAAAAGAAAGUUGUCUUAAAUGCACCAGUAGAAAUGCAGGAUAAAGACCAAGAAGCAUUGCAAUAG